UAUAAUUGAUUAAAGCUCAUUUGAUUAUUGGCUUUGGAGCUUAUCUGCAGACAGAUAACGAGAAUGUCUGGUAGAUACAACUAUGGCUUGAUUCUUUCCAUUCUAUUUCACUAUGUUACGACGAACAAUAUGUGCAUAAAACCCAGCGAUGAUGAGAUUGGCAAGAAAUUACCAGUUUCCCAGUUCACGGUCUUAUUUGAAAUCGGUCUCUAUAUGUGUUUAAAAGAAUGCGAAACCUACGCCAUGUGUUUGUCGAUCAACUUCAACCGAAAAAUGUUGAUGUGUGAAUUAAACAGUCAGAAGAAAAAUGAGAGCUUGUUAUUAGUGGAUGAUGACGAUUUUAUCUAUAGGGAUUUACCAGGCAUUUUUGAUUACAGAGACAAAAAAUGUGGAAAUGUAUCAUGCGAGCAACACUCCAAAUGUGUCCAGAUGAAGUUCAACAAUUCCUUGUGCAUCGCAAUAGGUUGUGCUGAGCCCGUUCCAGACUUAAAUAAUGGACGGAUUGCAAAUCAGUCGUUUUCACCUCCAUCAGUCACAUUCGAAUGUAAUCCUCAUCACAAAGGUGUAGGCACCAACACAAUCACGUGCCCACCCGGUGGGAAGUGGUCAUCAUUGUCAUACCGAUGUGAACCAGCUGUGGACUGUUUAGAGCUGUUUCAGAAUGGACAGACACGUUCCGGGGUAUACACAAUAUAUCCAGGUGGCAUUCAUUCUAAUGUGCUCUGUAAUAUGGAUAUAUCAGGAGGAGGAUGGACGGUUAUUCAGAAUCGCUUUAAUGGAUCUCUGGAUUUCAAUAGAAACUGGACAGAUUAUAAAAAUGGAUUUGGAUCACCCAUCGGAGAAUACUGGAUAGGUAAUGAGAUUAUCUACGAAUUGACGAAAAAUCACACCAGCUUCUUACAUGUCACUAUUAUGCUGACAAAUGGGACCAGCUUAUUUCAACAGUAUGAAACGUUCUCAAUUGGAAAUGAACAGGACAACUAUAGACUUUACCUUGUCGGAAACUCCUCUGGAACUCUGGGAGACAGGAUGAUAAAUGUACCAUCCGGUGACAAAUUAAACGGCAUGAAGUUUUCCACAAAAGAUCGGGACAAUGAUAGACAUCAUGGCAGCUGUGCUGAUAGCCAUUUCGGAGGAUGGUGGUAUAAUUCUUGUCAUGACGCAUAUCUGAAUGGCCUUUACGGGUCGUCGUCAUGGAUGCAGCCUUGGUAUCCUAAAAUUGGUGGUGGGAUAUUGAUUAAGGAAACAGUUAUGAUGGUAAAAAGAAGUUAAGGGAAAACGGAAAUACCAAAGUCGGUAUCGAGGAAUGGCAGGGGGAACCUAUUGUUUUGGAUUUUUCUACAAGGAUUAUAAAAAAAAAAAAAAACCUUUCUACGUGCCUCUU